GCCAAGAAAUCGAAGUGUGCUGAUAAAUGGGAAUGGUUUAGUUAUCGAGAUUUCAUAGGCUCCAAAUCUAUAGCUGGUCCCACAAGGAUGGCAUCAGAGAAAAAAGGACAGCUUUUUAGAGAAAAUGCAGAUAUUUCAAGACUGAUCACUGGUCAUGCAGUAAAUAACACUGGUGAUAACAAGAGUGCUCUACAUGCAUAUGAGGUGGCGCUGAAGACGACGCACGACAAGUGCCAGAAGCAGGCGGAGCAGCUGCGCCAGCUGUCGGAGGAGGCGAGCCGCCAGCUGGCCGACAGAGCCGAGCUGCACGCCGAGAUCGGCCGGCUGCGCGAGUCGGCCGGCCGGCAGCGCGAGCGGGCCGGCCAGCUGCACCGCCAGCUGGCCGCCAGUCACCGCGAGAGCAGCGCGCUGCGUCACCAGGUGGCUCUGCAGCAGCGGCAGCUGAGCGCCGCCCGGCGCCGCCUGCAGGAGGCCGGCCUGGCGCCACCCUCUCUGGAGCAGGCCAACCGCGGCUCCGACGAGAUGGACGUACAGCUGUCUGUAGCGGCGGCGCCGGAGCUGUGUGACGCGGAGGACCGGUCGGACUCACCGGACAUCAGCUCCAUGACGGAGGAGGAGAUCGCCCGGCGGCUGGUGCAGCUGCAGCGUGCCGGGCACCAGUCGCUCCAGCAGUCCUUCGACGAGGUGCUGAGCGGCCUGCAGCGGGCGGCGGCCGUGGACGUCGCCGCCGCUCCCCGGCCGGCCCAGUUGUCUCAGGCUCUGCGGCGCAAUAACGACCUCCUGCGGCGCAGCGUGGAGAGCCUGCGCCGCCUCCAACAGUCCGGUGGUCUGAGCGCAGAGCGGGCGGACAGCUCACUGCCUCCCCUGCACGAGAUCCCCCUGACGGGUAGCCCGCCGUCGGGCCGGCCGGGCACCGCCGACCGGGCGACGGGCGCGCCGUCGGGGCGGUGGCCGGACCCGGCCGCCGGCGCCGAGCCGCCCACCUGCCCCAUCUGUGGCCAGGUGUUCCGGCCGCCGGCCACGCGCCGCGAGCUCGAGGACCAUGUGUACGCGCACGUGCUGGACAUGACGGCUGAGGAGGAGGCGCUGUCGGCCGACCUGUCGCCGCCGUCCUCCGCGGCCGCCGCCGCCCGGGCCGCCGUCUAGCUGUCGGCCCGGCCGCCGCCGCCCGGGCCGCCGUCUAGCUGUCGGUCCGGCCGCCGCCGCCCGGGCCGCCGUCUAGCUGUCGGUCCGGCCGCCGCGGCGCGGGCCGCCGUCUAGCUGUCUGCCCGGCCGCCGCCCAGCUAUCGGCUGUUGGUGAGUGUCGGCUGUCGUUGAGCCCCCGCCCGGGCGAGUGUCGGUCCGAUGAGUGUCGUUUGCUGUCGGCAUGACAGACUGUAUGACCGGUGCUGAUUGCAAGGGAAGGACUGGCCGAAGAUGCCCAGUGAACCCAAGCUGCCUGGUUCGUCUCCGUCGGGACACGCAGUGAUUAGCGUGGUAGCCGGAUUGAAAAUUCGCUUCGUGUGUUGGUGCAGUGGGCAUCAGUCUCGAAGUCAUCCGCGUGUGACCUUCGAACAGAGGCACAUCGAUAUGGUAGGUUCAGUAUCGGGCAAAUGUGUGAGCGAUAGUCCUGUCCAGACCAAAGAAAUACGACGGAAAGGCGGCAUUCCUAUCUGAGGGCCCGAUAGAACUAAGGUCGAAUGAAUGGAGACUGGCUGGCUGCAGUUCAUAGGGUACGCGCAAUGAAAUUAAGGCUUGUGCGCAGAGCAAGAACCAAAUUUAUAAGAGGCUUUACACGGGUUGUCUCGUGAAUGCGUGAGGGAACGUGUAUCUUUGAGUCGGUAUACAUUCCUACUUCUUAUUGUUAUUGAACUAGUUAUGUCUGGAGUAAUUGUGCUGUGUGUAAAUACCGUAAUAUUUACGAGUUUGGUACCAAUGUGUGGGCCCGCUGAGAUACAUAUCGGCAUCAACUACAUAGUGCUAUUUUAGCAAGUCUUCACGGUACAAAUGCAGGAAGUGUUGCAUCCGUGAAUGCGUGAUGGCUAUCAAGGAGCCUUUGCGCUACUCUUUCGAGGACGGACUGCGGCCUAUUGCCGUUUGGUGCUAGCGCCGUUGGUGGCUGCCGCCGCUACCGUUUCCGUUGACGAGCUCACGUCUACGGAUUGGUGCUUGGUGUGUGCGAUGCAGAGCAUUGCAUAUACGCUGUCAGCGUGCACUGGUGGAUGCCGGUAAGAUGGCCCUCCCAUUGUUCAAGGAUCCGUCCCAAUCCGUAAGCAGCAUGUCUGGUUGGGACUGCAGUGCAACUGCGUGUAAGGCCGAAUAUCUAUUUUUAUAACCAGGAACGUCAUUAUCGAGUAGUUCCACACCUGGAUCGGUGCAGCCUCGGCAUGUCGUGUUUAUUAUUUCUACUUGUAAGAUGUAUUGUUCACUGAGUACACGUUUUCCAUACGGAUUUACAAUUAUAAUGUGUUGUUUUGGCAUUCUCUUGGUGGUGUAUGCUGUGAUUGUAGACUCUUCUAAGACAGGAUGCCUGCCUCAUAUGUAUCUAUUAACCUUCGCCCCAGUGGGGGGGGGGGGGCAUAUGUUACCACCCUGUCGCGUUUUUUUCGUAUAAAUAAA